AACACCUCCGAUUCUUACCACUCGCGCUCGCCCUUUCGCGUGUACCUCAUUUGUAAGCGGGCGUACCGUCCCGGGGUCUUGCAGAGGUUCGAGGCCCCCUGUCUUUGAUACAUAUUAAGGUUCAGUCACGGUCUUUAACGUUCCCACGAUGUCAUGGCGAGGGUCAUCUCUAAGUAAAAUGAGAUUACCAUCCACGAUUCCCAAGAGAAUCUCAAAACACAUCACAUCCAGCGGAAACCAUACUUUCUCACACAGCCAAAUCAGAGCUAUCAACAUGGCGACAGCAUACAAGAUCAAUGUCCCGGUGACGAACACGGGACUGUGGAAGUUUGAUCAGAAAGAUGCUGCCGCGAGCAAGGUGUCUGAGCUACUACAGGAGGAUCUCGAGAAACAUCAUGUCUUCUUCAACCAAGAAGGCUUCCACAACCACAUCCCUCAUCAGGUCCUAGCCCUCUUCGGUACCGGCGCAGGCCCCGACGCCAUUCAAGCGGCGUACAAGGAAAACGCAGACUACCAGCGCCCAGCCCAGACCCCACGUGAUUCCGUCGCAGAUGAGCUACACGACUGGGACCGCGCGAAAACGUACCUCGGCAAGGAAAAGCACUACCCAGACUUCCUCCUCUUCUUCCAGCGCGAGAUCGAGAGGCUCGGGGGCUGGGAGGCGGCGCUGAAAGAGCACCUCUUCAAGGGCGACGAGCGUGCCGACGACAUGUUCCAGCGCAUGUUUGCGGGCUUUUUGCAUCCCAUCAUCCAGCUCAUGUACGGCGUCGAGUGGGAGCAACCCGCCAUCGUCGCCGAGGGGCUGGCGCAGGCCGCGGUGCACAAGAACCAGCUCAAGGACUUUUUUGACGAGACGGAGAAGAGUGCGGCGGCAGCGAGUGAGCGUAUGCCGCCGAUUUCGGAUCUUGUUGAGGAGAUUCGUCGUGACCAGAAGCUUGCUCAAGCUGCUCAGAUGAAGGACGCGAAUAAGAUCUUUGACGGGAUUCUGAAGCGCGCGCCGGAGCAGAUGCUGCGGAUCGCGAGCAAGGUCAAGGUUCGUCCUGAGGAGCUUGACGAGAGGACGGCGGAGAUGUUUCAUACUGCCUUUUACGUUGCCGGCGGUGCGGCUCUUCGGCCAGGCAAGGAGCCAAAGUGGGAUUUCUUCUUGAUUCACCACACGAACGCUGCGCCCAUAUUCCUCAGCUUCAACUCCAUGCCGUGGAUCUCGACGGAGAACAAGGUGCGCAUGCUGGAGUACAAGAUCCGGAUGGACCUGGUGCAGUAUGCGGCGCGCGGGUGCCCGCCGCUCCGCCUGGAGGAUGUCAAGUCGUACAAGCCAAAGGACAAAGAUGAGGGCAAGGACUUGGUCUCCAAGCCGACUGACCUCCUUCCAAGAUUUCAUAACUUUGUAGAUGACGGCCACACGAUCAAGGUGGUCAGAGCACUUGGGAUUUGCCAGGACCUUUCAGCAAAGUAUGGCGACAAACCCUGGAUCAAGAUCGAGAAUGAGGAAUGGCUCAACCUCACCUACAUGUUGUUGGACAGCACUGAACACGACGAGACGAGAUGGGUUCGCUCAGCGGGCUUUGAAGAGGCGUGGAAGGACGUUCCUGCCCGCGAUUGACUAGCCGACGGUGGCAGGACGACAUCAAGGUUGUAAAUGAAUGAGAUGGGACGACAUAAGUGUAACAGUAGCAAAAUCAUGGCAGCUUGACAAAACGGGGGGUAUACAUUUGUAAUAACAUCUAUGGUUUUAUUCUAGCCCAAUCCACUCAUCUCCGUCGGAAUCGCUCUGGCCCUCAUCCGCGUCGCCAAUCGCCAAAGUCUUGGCGGGGGCGUCGAACGCGGCCAAGUCUAGCAUUUUUACACCGGUCGUCUCCUUUUCGUUGCUGGCCUGGCCCAACAGGUAGUCCACCAUGUACACAUUAUCGUCCGCGAGCCUCCUGAUCUCGUCGCGCAUCCUCGAGACGGCCCUCGCCACGAUUCUCAGCUCGACGUCCACCUUGCCCCUGUGCUGCGUGAGCCAGGCGCCGUGCUUGUCCACCAGCGCCUUGACCCAGAGCAGGCAGAACUCAAUAUGCGGCGUCUCCUCCGUCUGGGCCGCGACGAAGCGCAGUAACCUGGGGACGUAGACGAUGGGCAUGUCCUGGACGACCAGAGCGAUGUCCGUGUGCGGUAUUGAAAGGAAGACGCGCUUGAUGAGGCCGGCCUCGUUGAGGCGGAAGGCCAUGACCAGGGCUUUGAGGUAGUCCUUUUC